AUGUCCUUUGGUAUUCUUACUUACGUGCCCCUCCAAUCACCUAGUUUGGGAACCGUUCCCAACGCUCGCCGCCCGACCGACGACGAUACCGCACUGCCCACGAGAUCCCCUUCCGGAGAGUUGUAUAGAGCCAUAGAGAGAUAUAUUGGUCGAGUUCGGCCAGAAUCAUCUGCUGGCCGGCCUUCUGGAACCAGCAUGUCCGCAGGCCCAGAAGGGGACCUUCGACGAAGAUUCAACCAAGAUCCCCAGACGUCCAACGGACCCCCUCGGAACGUCACCCUACCGGGAAUCUCGAGCAUCCCUGAAAUUGCCGCCCCCCUCCCACCUCUCCGCUCUCUGGGGACUGCAAGGGGCUCUGGCAUGAGCACACCUGGGGGUUCAAGCGGACGCCCCACCCGCUAUCGAUCAAGUGAUAGAUUUGAGGACUUGGAUCGGAACCUUGAGGACGCCAACUCGCACCUGCGAGCUCUACUCGACUUUACCAACAACAGCCCCAUAAUACCGCCCUUGAUGUCGCCCUCUGUGCCCCCCCAGGAUCACGCCGAGGAAGGUCGGCGGACUAAGCGGCGGAAGCUGGAUUCCGAGAGUGGCACCCAUACAUAUCGAGGCUUUCGUUACGGGAAGUACGGCCAGGUCGAGCCUGGCCGGCUGACUAUGGAGAUCGCCAGCUGUGACGGGGGCCUCUACUCGAAUGGGGAUGGUUAUGUGGCAGAGAACAUCUUAAAAGAUGAUGCCUCCGUGUACUGCACGAAGGGCAACCGGUGCAAUAUUGUUCUUCGACAUCAAGGAGCCACUGUAUUCAGCCUCCAGGAACUGGUCAUCAAAGCCCCGGGAUCUAAUUAUUCUUACCCAGUACGAGAGGGGAUGAUCUUUGUUUCCAUGGAGUCGGACGACCUUCUUGCCAGAACAGCACAGUAUCAGAUCCAGUACCUCCCGUCUCGGAUUUCGGAACGGGGCGAACGAGAGCGGCGCAACACAGCAGCGGUCUACUCGAUCUUACACCACGAAGAUGGAACCCCUAUCACGAGACUGCAGUCGAGGCAGCGGCGGCAGCACGCCGCUGACAUAGACGAGGAUGAAGAGGAUGAGCAUGAUAGAGUUGCGCAGAUUCCGGCCGAGUUCACUGUGUCGCCUCCGCCAUUUACCAUAACAACGGCGUGUAGCGAUGACGAGAGCGAAUCCGAGGUCGUUGUUAGCGAUCUCGGGUUUAGGCGUGCACGUCGGCGGGCGCCGAACCGCAUCGGCUCGCUGCCGUUUGAGAGCGACAGCAGCGAGGGCGGUGAUGUAUGGGGCCCAUCGGGCUCAGCCUGGUCUACGUUCGAUGGGCUGGCGCGCGAGCACUAUAACCGGGAACGUGAUGGGGCCGGCCUAACGCUGGCAGAGGCGCGGGACACGGCACAGAUCGCAACCCAGGAAGCUGUUCGUGCGGUCGGCGGAGGCCUUAUGACGCCCCUAGCACGCUUUUACAUCGAGAAAGACAAGAACAAGUGCACGAUCCAGUUCGACCCGCCCGUCAGUGGGCGAUUCAUCCUCUUGAAGAUGUGGAGUCCGCACCACGGACCGUCGGCCAACAUCGACAUUCAGGGGGUUAUUGCGAAGGGGUUCGCGGGACCGCGUUACUUCCCGGCGGUUGAGCUUCGGUAG